GAUGAGCUGGAGUUGUUAGAGAAGGAAGUUGUACAGAUUGAAUCUAAAGAUGUGACCUACAUCUGUCCAUUUGUGGGAGCAGUACACGGCACACUCACCGUCACCAACUACAGACUGUUUUUCAGAUCCGUCAGCCGGGAGCCUGUGUUUGUGUUGGAUCUCCCGCUCGGUGUGAUCAGCAGAGUUGAGAAGAUUGGAGGAGCCUCUAGCAGGGGGGAUGUUUCUUAUGGACUCGUCUGCAAGGACAUAAGGAACUUGCGGUUUGUCCAUAAACAGCCUGACGACUCCUUAAAAAAAUCAGUGUUUGAUGUGCUGAACAAGCUUGCCUUCCCUCUCUCUAACAACCUGUCUCUGUUUGCGUUUGACUAUAAUCAGGUUUUCCCAGAGAACGGCUGGAAAGUGUAUGACGCUCUGGUGGAGUACAAGAGACAGGGUCUGCCCAAUGAGAGCUGGAGGAUCUCGAAGGUGAAUGAUCGGUAUGAGUUGUGUGACUCCUAUCCCUCUACCCUGGUCGUCCCGGUAACCGUCACUGACGAUGAACUGCGCCGUGUCGCUACCUUCAGAGCCAAAGGUCGUAUUCCGGUAUUAUCGUGGCUACACCCGCAGAGUCAGGCGGCGGUGGUGCGGUCGGGCCAGCCCAUGUCGGGGGUGAGCGGGAAGCGCUGUCGAGACGAUGAGAAGCUGCUGCAGGCCGUCAUGGACGCUAACGCACAGUCUCACAAACUGUUCAUCUUUGACGCCCGUCCCAGCAGCAACGCCGCCGCUAACAAGAUGAAGGGAGGUGGCUGUGAGAGUGAGGAUGCGUAUCAGAACGCUGAACUCGUCUUCCUCGACAUACACAACAUUCACGUCAUGCGCGAGUCGCUACGGAAACUGAAGGAGGUGGUCUACCCCAACAUCGAGGAAUCUCAUUGGCUGUCCAACCUUGAGGCCACUCACUGGCUGGAGCACAUUAAGGCGAUCCUGGCGGGUGCAGUGCGGAUCGUGGAGAAGGUGGAGUGCAGUAAGACGUCGGUGGUGAUCCACUGCAGUGACGGUUGGGACAGAACCGCUCAGCUCUCCUCUCUCUGCAUGCUGAUGCUCGACUCGCACUACAGAACCGUCCGGGGCUUCCAGACCCUCGUGGAGAAGGAGUGGGUCAGCUUCGGACACCGCUUCCAGCAGAGGGUGGGUCAUGGUGAUCAGAACCACACUGAUGCGGACCGCUCCCCCAUCUUCCUGCAGUUCAUUGACUGUGUGUGGCAGAUAACGCAGCAGUUCCCUGCAGUGUUUGAGUUUAAUGAGAACUUCCUGUUGACGUUGCUGGAUCACAUGUACAGCUGUCUGUUUGGAACCUUCCUCUUUAAUUCAGAGCAGCAGAGACUCGCAGAGGUGUGCGUGCGUGUGCAUGUGUGUGCGUAUGUGUGUGUGUGUGUGUGUGUGUAGGAGGCCCAGAAGCGCACCGUGUCCCUCUGGUCAUUCAUUAACUGUCAGUUGGAGGAGUUUGUGAAUCCUCUGUAUGUUCACUACGACACACACGUGCUGCUUCCCUCCGUCUCCAUCCGACACCUGCAGCUGUGGACCUCCUACUACAUCCGCUGGAACCCCCGCCUCAGACCUCAGGAGCCGUUGCAUCAGCGCUAUAAAGAGCUGCUCGCUAAAAGGGCGGAGCUUCAGAAACGAGUGGAGGAUCUUCAGCGUGAAGUAGUCCAUCGUGUAUCUGCAUCUCCUGAGAGGGCAUCUCCCCCCACCUCCACCCCCACCAUACAGACCUUCAUAUGAUCAUCUCUCAUGACUCUCUCUGUCUCUCUCUCUUUUCAGCUUAACACUAACACACACACAGUUAAUGUAGCACGUUAGCCUGCUAACAUUUAACCCUCAGCACUACUUAAUUAAAAGCUCUAAGUUUUACUUAUGUCUGUGCAAACCCCUCCCAGUCACAUGACCAAAUCAUAAUGGGCCAAUCAUAAUGCAUGUGAUGUAUAAGUAUUUUUACAUGAUAAACACUGACUAACUAGGUCAUCAAGAGUAAAGUUACACACUACAGAGUCAAUCAGAGGGCACGAUGCAAGUCUUAUUGCAUAUCAAUUAACAUGUGAUUAUCAUACUGUGGGCCAGAGUAGCCUUUUAAUUCUCUGUAAUUAAUACUUUGAUCCAAAGCUGAUGAUAUGAAACUUCGCCUGCUAGUUGGAUUUAUAUUAGUUUCCUGUACACACAUGAAAAGUGCUGCUGUCAUUAAAACUUCUGUGCAGCCUCAAUAAAUUAUUAUAAACAUUUAAA